AUGUCCGACGGGAGGCGAGGGGCCAAUGGGAGAAAAAUCGCUAAAUUUCGGGACGGCGGCACCCCAGUCCACAACCACCACCCGUCGCCUCCGACCUCACCCUGCGCCGCCCACGUCGUCGUCCGAUCCCGCCACCUGUCGCCGGUCGCCGUCCUUACCCCACCCGCCGUCGUUGCCUUCCGUCAACCACCUGUCGUCCGCCACAAAAUCCUCUGCCGCCGAGCAAGAGAUGCUCUCGAAGACGACGAAGACGUGGCCACCGAUGAACACUUGUUGCAGCGGCGUGCGGCCGCUGGCGUUGUGGUCGCCGGCGAGCUCGGCCAUCCGGGCGAUGAGGUGGUUGUUGAAAUUGAGGUGGUCGAUGAUGGUGGCGUUGUGACGGCGACCGACGAAUGUCCCCCGGUGGCCGCUGGAUGA